AUGAGUGCCAUCGAAGGUGCUUCCAAGGGCGCUAUCCCCGUCGAGGGAGAGCGUGCUGUAGAGUCGGGGUCUCAGUAUCCGAAGAAGCGAUUCGAAGUGAAACAGUGGAACGCUGUGGCGGCGUGGAGUUGGGACCUACGCGUGGAUAACUGCGCCAUCUGUCGCAAUCAUAUCAUGGACCUUUGUUUGGAGUGCCAGGCUGAUCCCCAGAACGCACGCGCGAGUGAAUGUGUUGUGACCUGGGGUAUCUGUAACCACGCUUUCCACAGUCAUUGUAUCAACAAGUGGCUAGAGACGCGGAACGUGUGCCCGCUGGACAACCGACCUUGGCAUAAACUGAAAGAAGGUCGGUAG